GGGGGGGCUGUGCCGUGAGGCGGCGGGAAGUACGGCCUGACCUGGCAGGGCAAGUGCAGGCAGGGUCAGAGCCCAGGCUGGGGCAGGGGCCGGGCACGCUGACAGUGCCGGCAGGGCUGGGUGUGUCCCACCAGCGAUGGGCUCCCGGGAGGCUGAAACGGGGCAUUGUGCUUUUGGUACAGGUGUGCCAAGAGCAGGCGGGUCCUUGAGGCAAAAUACUCUCUGCCCCCUCGCGUCAGUUCCUCAGGUCAUACCACUUCGAAUCCCUCUUCCAGGGAAGUCUAAACAUGAAAUAGACACAAAUACUCUCAUAGAAAUAAAAUCAGAUACACCUGAGGUCUCUAUUUAUUAUACUUUAGAUGGAAGUAAACCAGAACUUAUUAGGAAACCUGGCUAUGGAGAGCGUAACACUUUUAAGUAUAAGGGUCCUAUCAUAUUACCAGUUGGGAAAAUAAUGGUCAAGGCACUGGCAGUUACAAAGGACUGCAGGGAGAGUACAGUUGUAACAAAGGUGUUUCUGGUAGAGUACAAGCAACCAAACAUCCUUUUCUCUGUUGAAGACGAUAACAAGAAUUUCCUAAAAGGUAUUGCCACACAGCAGAGGGAAGGCAUAACGUUUACUACAGAACCAAAGAAGAAUGGAGUGAAUGUAGAAAUCAAAUCUGCCUGGAGUGAAGCAUCCCAAGAUUUUCAAGACUUGGAAACAGAAGGAAAGACUACUCACAGGUCCCUGCAAGGACCACAGCUCCUUGCCAGUCAUUUGGGAACAACAGAGUACAAAGAGGAAUCCAUCUCAGCACUACCAAUAGAGUUGUUACAGUUUGCCAGUUCUUCUGCAGUGACUAGCGGGAAAAGCUUAGCAAGCACACAAGUGGCAAGGAUCCAGAGGGAAACAGAUUUCCUCAAAUGUGCACACUGUUCUGCACCUCGCCUGUCUGACCCCUUUGCUCACUUCUGUCAGGAAUGUGGAUCUCCUAUCCCACCUGUGCCAGUACGUCGCUUUCCACCCCCUGAAGGAGAUCAGAUGGCACCAUGUCUUGAAUGCAGACAUCUUGUGCCAAUGAAUACACCUACUUGCAUUGUAUGUGAGUCACCAAUAGCUCCACAGCUGCAGCCCCAAACGAACAUCUGUAUAAAGGGCAAAGUAAUUUGUCAGGCAUGUGGCACAGGAAAUCCCCUUCACCAUAAACACUGUGUGACUUGUGAAAGCAAACUGCCUGAAAUGCAGACGCCCAUGUUUCGAGGAGACACCCCCCCGCCUUACCACAGCCAGCAAAAGAAAACAGUUUCAUGCUCAAAAUGCAAUCGUGUUAACCAAUGUGAUGCCCGUUUCUGUGACUGGUGCGGAGCCAAGCCUGGACCUCCUCCAUCUUACUUUAGUUGUUUCAAGUGUGGUGCAAGCAACCAUCCAUAUGCCCGCUUCUGUGGGUCCUGCGGUAUUUACAUAGAGCCCCCAUCAAGGGUGGGUUCUCACAGCGGCAGUGUCGUGGAUGCUGGGGACUCGCUGGGGUUUUCUGAGGCUAAAAAAUUUCAAGCUCAAGUUGCCUGGCAGCCUCUUCCUAUUUCCUUGCCCAAAUCAAGGCCAGAACUAAAAGAAAGAGAAGAUAAAGGAACCCAAACCAUUGGACUUUUUUACCCAUCUAGCAAACUGUUGGAAAAGAAGGAGCUUGAGCUGAUUUCACAAAAAGAAAAGCUGGAAAAGAUGAGUGAUCAUAAGCCUCUCCUGUCAGCCAUUAGUCCUGGAAAAGGUUACUGGAGAAGACAGCUGGAUCAUGUCUGUGCUCACCUUAGAAGCUAUGCUCAGAACAACCUUGAAUUCAGAGCACUGAUUGGAGAACCUCGAAUGGGAAAGAUUAAUUCUGCUACCAUCUGUGAGGAUAACUGUGAAGUCACUAUUACACUGAAUUACGCUCUUGCUAUUAACAAGGAUAUUCAUACUAAACCAGUGAAGUUCAGCAAUCAUUACCUGAAUACUGUAACAGAAGUCAGAGAUGGACAGGAUGGCAGUCAGACUAGUUUUGGAAAAGAUGAUCAUAAUAUUUUCCAUUCAAGAGGCAAAAUAAAGAGAACAAAAUCAAGAACACUUACAGAAAAAGAAGAUAAGCUCCCUCCAGAGUCCAGACAACUACUGGACGAACUGGGUCCAAAUGGGAAAGGAAGAAUCACCUUGGUAGAACAACUGCUCAGUGAAGGAGCUGACCCAAACUGCAUCAGUGACAAGGACCAACCUGCUCUCACAGUUGCUGUCCUUAACAAGCACGUGGAAGCAAUCUCCCUUCUCGUGCAGAAAGGUGCUGAUGUUGACCAGCAGACAGGACUGCACAACAACACCGCUCUGCAUGAGGCAGUUCUGCUCGGAUCAGAGGGAGAGGAGUGUGUCCGAGCCCUGUUACGCUGCAAUGCAAGCAUCAAAAAGAAGAAUGCAAAAGGGCAAUCGGCAUAUGAUUUGGCUGUUACAGCUGGAAAUAAUGAAGUUAUUUCAUUGUUUGCAAGUAAGCUUGGACAGGGAACAUUGGACAAACUUAUGAAACCCAGGAACAGUGGUCUCAUCAGUGUGUGAUUACAACCGCUUUUCCCCCAAGACGUAGCUGGAGGUUCUCUGAGUUUGAGAGCACACGUCCAGUUCUGUCUGCAGACUUCACAACCCUGUAUCAUCAGCUCAGGCCCUGAGUAACAGCCAAGUAUUUUGUACAAGAUUCCCCCACUCCUUCCCAGCAGUUCAGAGCACAAUUCUUCACUGACUGUGCUCUGUUCUGCAAGAUUUCCUUUCCAAACUCGUGCAAGGAGAGGGACCAACCAAACCUUCUAAGGCACAAGGGCAUUUUAAGGAAACCUGAUAAAUGCUGCUCAUAACAGUCUGACACUCGAGCAAUAGCACUGUAAGCAGUACUUUGAUUAGCUUAUUUUCCAUUUUGAAGUUAAAACUGCAUUCAGUGCAGCUCAUUGCAUUAAAGGUCAGAUUCCUUUCCUCCAGAAAACUGAGUAAAAUUACUUUGCUAGUUUGCCUUUUAUUUAUAAAUGCAUCAGCUUGAGGCAGCAGUCAACUACAAACAGAAGUUUACAAAGGAUUCCAGGCACACUAAGAUUUGGUAUAAUUAGACAUUAUUAGCCACAAUCCUAAAUCCCUGAAGGAGUUUUAAAACUCCUUCCCCUUUUUAUUUCCAAAAGUAUCCAAAAGCAUUGGUAUAUUGGGUAUAAAAAUGGAAGUGCCUGCCAGCUGUUGCAAGAAACACAAGUUUUUGCACCAGAGCUACCAGCAUCUCCAAAAUGGAAACAGCUGAGAUUUUAAAAGAACAAAGAACAAA